GGACUCGUACUCUCCUCCUCCAGCCUCCUCCUCCAGCUCCCGCCCAGUAUUUCUUCUUCUUCAUGACAUAUCUUUGUGACGCGACUUACAUCCUUUCUUAUUUGGCUCCAGUGGUAUCACCGGUCGGAUAAUCAAUUGAUUAUUUUGUUUCUUAUUUGAUAUUCUGAUAAAGGUUAGAAAAGUUCAGAGGAAAUAAUAUGACUGACAGGGAGACAAAUAGCUAUGGCAAGCUCUUAAUUGUAGGAUUAGCCUGUGUUGAUAUUGUCAAUGUAGCUGCAGUGUAUCCUACAGAAGAUACAGAUCAAAAAUUACUAGACCAGCAGGUGAAUCGAGGAGGAAACGCUACAAACACAUCUGUAGUUCUGUCACAGCUCGGCUCUCCUGUGGAAUGGUUUGGUACCCUCGCUACCGAUAACCUGGCAGAUGUCAUCACUGAGGAUCUGGAAAAGUAUGGAGUGAUUUGUGACAAUGUGAGACAAUAUGACAAUUGUGUCACACCUCUGUCCUGUGUCAUUGUCAAUGCCUCAUCAGGUUCAAGGACCAUCCUGCAUAAAAACAAGACUCUACCAGAGUUAGAUCCAAAAGACUUUGAGAAGCUGGAUUUGGGAAAGUACUCCUGGAUACACUUUGAGGGCAGAAAUCAGGUCAACGUUGAGAAGAUGAUUAGCAUGAUAGACGACUACAAUGAGAGAAGAAAAGAUUCCAAGCCUAUCACUGUAUCUGUAGAGGCUGAGAAAACCAGGAAUAUCACACACAGUUUUCUUCAAAAGGCAGAAUUUGUAUUCAUUAGCAAGGAUUACUCCAUGGCCAUGGGAUACAACAGCGCAGAAGAGUGCCUGAACGGAGUAAGAGAAAAGAAGCUCUUAAAGAUAGGUGCCAAAGCCAUCUGUGCCUGGGGUGAAAAAGGAGCCUGGGGAUUGGAGGAGAGUGGCAGGAUAGUGCACAGCCCGACCUAUCCACCAAUCAAAGUGGUCGAUACAUUGGGUGCUGGGGACACUUUCAAUGCAGGAGUCCUCCAUGCUCUGAACAGGGGGAGAACAUUGGAAGAAGCCCUGAGGCUUGGCUGCCAGGUCGCCGGUCAGAAGGUGGGAAGGAGUGGCUUCAGGAUCGACACCGCUUCACUGGAUCUCUUAUAACCCCGCCCUCCUCCCCCUUGGGUCAAAGAUUACUACUUAACAAGGUUGUGUGUGAAAAUAAGAGCUGCUCCAUUGCCAUUGUGUAUAUAUCUGUAAUGCCUUAAAGCCACUAGUUUUACCAUGGGAAUUAGACCUCCCUGCAAGGACACUGACAGGUGGCUUACUCAUCAAAUCAGCUCUCAAUUAACAUAAGAAAAAGGGGAUCAUGGGGGACUAACAGGCACCGAUUAGGCAUUGUUUGCUAUAUAGAGGGUGCAAGUAGCUAUAAGUAGUGCAGUGGGACUUUAAAACACAAUGCUUGAAGGUGUUUUGAGAUAUGCUCCAGCAACAAUCGCUCCAGACUUUGUUUUUGGGGGGUUGAAGUUAGGUUGUAGGUUAGGUUUAGAGUUAAGGUUCUAGGUGUUAUUUUUGUCCAGGGUUGAAGAAUGUGGUUGUGGUAGGAUAUUAACUAGGGAACAUUUUUAACAAUUUAUUUCUAAUACAUGAUAUAUCAUGUGCUGCUGACAUGAAGGUUGUAAACAAACAAA